AUGCGUUGAAACCCUGUCUUCUUCCCUUGCUGCCUCUAGGGUUUUUAGCUGCCGAUCCAACUCGCUCCUAUCUUCUUGCGACACAUCGGCGGCUACAAUCAUGGCGGAGCAGACUGAGAAGGCUUUCUUGAAGCAGCCGGGAGUUUUUCUCAGCUCGAAGAAAACAGGGAAGGGUAAGAGGCCCGGUAAGGGAGGUAAUCGAUUCUGGAAGAGCAUUGGAUUAGGGUUUAAGACACCUCGCGAGGCUACUGAAGGGACAUAUAUUGAUAAAAAAUGCCCCUUCACUGGUACUGUUUCUAUCAGAGGUCGUAUCCUUGCUGGGACAUGCCAUAGUGCUAAGAUGAAUAGAACAAUCAUUGUUCGUAGGAACUACCUUCACUUUGUGAAGAAGUACCAGAGGUAUGAAAAAAGACACUCAAACAUUGCUGCUCACAUAUCACCUUGCUUCCGUGUGAAAGAGGGAGAUUACGUUAUCAUUGGCCAAUGCAGGCCAUUGUCCAAAACUGUGAGGUUCAACGUUUUGAAGGUGAUUCCUGCUGGCUCUGCUGGUGGCGGAAAGAAGGCGUUUACUGGCAUGUGAUUUUGCGGUUUUCUUGUUAACAUCAAAUUAUUCGAGUUAUGAUAUUAGACUCUUUUUUGUUGAACUCAUACUAUUCAGUAGCCCCAUGUUUACAUUUUUGAAUGCUGAGAUGUAGUCGAGUUCUUGAAUCACUCAGUAAGUUUAUAUCAAGACUUUAUUUGCACUUG